AUGCACCACGAGGCAGUUAUAUUGUCCGCGAUUGAUGAUUUGAAUGCCCAAUUGGUUCCUAAUUACACUGUGACCGCUGAGAAAUAUGGAAUCAGUCGUUAUACACUCUCACGGCGCUAUAGAGGUGUUCAAACGUCAAGAAAGGAAGCAACCUCUAUCCACCGCAAAAUCCUCACAAAUUCGCAAGAAAAUCGACUCCUUUUUCAUAUCAAUCGAUUGGCAGAUCGCGGUUUCCCUUGUACGCCCCAAAUCCUUCAUAAUCUUGUUGUUGAGAUAUUAAAAGAACCUAUUGGAGCCAACUGGGUGGCAAGGUUCUGUCAACGCCACAAGGAUGUAAUCAAGUCAGUUUACCUGCGAAAUAUCGACCAAAAACGCAAGAUUGCGGACAAUUCUACAUACUUUAAGCAUUAUUUUGAUCUUCUACAGGAAAAGAUCACUAAAUACAAUAUUGAACCUGGGAAUAUCUACAACUUCGAUGAAAAAGGAUUCCUAUUGGGCUUCAUCCACACCCUCAAGCGUAUUGUAUCAAUUAAUGCGCUCAAAUCCGGCCGUACAAUAGGUGCCAGCCAGGAUGGCUGCCGCGAAUUCAUUACACUGCUUGCCUCAAUUUGCGCCGAUGGAACCUCACUCCCACCUGCUCUCAUAUAUCAAGGGGAAUCAAGGGAUAUGCAAGAUACUUGGCUGGAAGAUUUUGAUAGCAAAAAGGAUCAGGUCUACUUUGCUGCUUCAGAGAAUGGAUGGAGCAAUGAUGAAUAUGGGUUAAUGUGGUUAAAGAAGAUCUUUGAACCUCAUACAAAAAAGAAAGCAGGGCGUGGAUACAGGCUUCUUAUAUUAGAUGGCCACUCAUCCCAUGUUAAUAUGGCAUUCAUCAAUUACGCGGCUCAGCAUAAGAUUUUACUUGCUGUCUUUCCUCCCCACUCUACACACCGAUUACAACCGCUAGAUGUUGGGAUAUUUGGACCAUUGAGCAAAUCAUAUUCUAAGCAUUUGAAUGAGCGAAUGAGAACCGGUAUGGGAUUUGUACGCACUACAAAGAGGUCUUUUUGGCAGCUAUUUGAUGCUGCUUGGAAGGAAUCAGUUACAUCCUCAAAUAUUAUAUCCGCGUUCGCUGCGGUUGGCCUACAUCCAUUUGAUCCAGAACAGGUUCUUAAAAAGCUUGCAAUACGCCCUUGCACCCCCCCAGACGCGCAAUAUCGACCCAGAAAUCAGGAAAGAAGACGUCGCAAGCGUGGCAGGGCAAUGGGGUUGCUAGAUUCUUCAAAUCCGUCAUUGGCACAGUUCUUUUCACCGGCAAAGGUGCAGAGCAUCCGCGAGCAGAUGACUGCCGCAGAGGCCGCCAAAAAGGAUGAACAGGCUCGUAAGGAGGAUGCCAAGUUGCAACACGCUAUUCUUAAGGAGCAGAAGGAGACAGAUAUCAUGUUACAGCGAAUGGAGCGGGAGGCAGCUCGCCAGGCAGCUAAGGAGCAAAAGGAGAUGGAUAAGGCCGCAAGAGCCGCUCAACGGCAGAUUGACAGGGAGCUUAGGGAUGCAAAGAAGGCCCAAGAGCAAAAGGAAAAGGAAGAACGAGCUGCUGCGCGGCAGCAAUCGCGGUUGGGGGGGGGCCAGGUUGCCCGCGGGUCCGCCGCCGGGGGUCCGGAUGAUAUUGCAACCCCUACGGAUUUGACCGCUGCCUGCUCAUUGAAUCUGCCUCCACCCAAGAUUUCGCGUUCCGGGCGAGUUAUUAAGCCCAACAAACAUCUUUUGAAUUAG